AUGGCGAAUAAACAGCCACUGAAAACGACGUUUGACGUCGGCCAUGUUAUUCGGCCUGUAUUCACAGGAGGCUCUGUCGCUCUCGACAAUGGCGCCCGCAUCCUCGCCACUGUCCUUGGAGAGGACGCCGUCCUCACCGAUCCGUCAAAUGGCAAGCACCUUGCCCAGAUCGAGGGUGAUGGAGAGCUCAUUUCCACAUUGACUUUGACGCCCUCUGGUUCACAUCUCAUCAUCUGCAGCCGGAGCUUGUCAAUGAGAAUUUUUGCGCUGAAGCGUUCAGAGGAGGACAGCUCUAUUGAAGCCUCUCUUAUCAGAACACUAAAGCCUCACGGGACACCUGUCGUCGUCCUCGCUGUUGAUCGCACCAGCACCUUGCUCGCUACCGGAGGAACAGACGGUGCUAUCAAAGUCUGGGAUAUCGCAGGAGGAUAUGUCACACACACUUUCCGCGGGCCCUCGGUGCUCGUUUCAGCCCUCCACUUCUUCGAGGUCGCCGCUCGUUCCAAGGACGCCGUUCAAUCGCGCAAGGGAAAGAAGGGCUCGAAGCGUCAGGACGAUUCGGAUGAGGAGGAUGAGAGUAUGAGCGCGACGAACUUCAGACUAGCCUCCGGCAGCCAGGACGGUAAGGUGAGGAUUUGGGACCUCCACAAGCGCAGCUGCAUCGCCAACCUCGACUCCCACGUCUCUGACGUCCAAGGACUGGAUUACUCGCCGGAGCAGCACGCCCUUGUUACUGCCGGCCGGGACAAGACACUGAUCUGGUGGGAUACCAAGUCUUGGAAAAUUCGAAAGAUUGUCCCUUGCCUGGAACUCGUGGAAGCCGCUGGAUUUGUCGAAGAUGGACAGCUCACCUACUCGGCUGGUGCAAACGGAUCCCUCCGUUUCUGGAACACCGACACCGGAUCGCAGGUCUCUCCAGCCGUGGCAGCUAAGAGCGAGGAGGAGGGUAUUGCUUCCGCUAUUUACCGCCCUGGCCUUCCCUUCAUUAUGUGCGUCCAAGUCGACCACACCUUGGCUCUAUAUCGGGUACCAAGGAACGACGAAUCAGCCCUGACGGUGCCAGAGCCAUUCCGAAGAAUCUCUGGAACUCACGAUGAAAUUAUCGACUUGGGCUACCUGCUGCCUGAUCAUUCGCUCCUUGCCCUGGCCACAAACUCGGAGGACAUCAGGCUGGUAUCCGUUGCCGAGACCAAGAAGGACGACGCGGAAGCUGUUUGGGAAUCGGGAGCUACGCCUUACUUUGGCCAGGAUGUCGCACUUCUCAAGGGUCACGACGAUAUUGUUAUUUCUCUAGACAUCGACUGGUCCGGUCACUGGAUCGCAACCGGUGCCAAGGACAACACUGCCAAACUAUGGCGUGUUGACCCGGAGAAUGAUUCCUAUACUUGCUGGGCUACCUUCUCAGGUCAUGCUGAAUCCCUAGGAGCUGUCGCCCUUCCCAAGUCUAUUCCCCCUGAGUCCUCAGCUGCGCGAUCAAAGCCCCUUGAGCACCCCCCAGCCUUCAUCUUGACCGGUUCACAAGAUCAGACCGUCAAGAAGUGGGAAAUACCCCGAACCGCCCAGCAAAAGGGCGGCAAGACCGGCUCCCGAGCCGUCUUCACUCGCAAGGCCCACGACAAGGACAUCAAUGCGCUCAAUGUCCACCACUCCAGCCAGCUAUUCGCAUCCGCAUCCCAGGAUAAGACGGUCAAGAUCUGGUCUGUUGAGGAGGGCGAGGUCCAGGGCAUUCUGCGUGGCCACAAGCGAGGAGUCUGGUCGGUCCAGUUCUCACCCGCUCAGCUACCCGCUGUUCAGGGCGAGGACGGCCCUGUUACCGGCAAGGGCGUGGCGCUCACAGGCAGUGGUGACAAGACAAUCAAGCUGUGGAGUCUUUCUGACUACACUUGUGUCAGGACUUUUGAAGGCCACUCAAAUAGUGUUUUGAAGCUGGCCUGGCUCAAGUCCCCUUCAGGCCAAGAGCAAUCGAAGAAGCGUGUUCAAUUCACCAGCGCUGGCGGAGACGGCCUCGUCAAGGUCUGGGAUGCAAACUCAGGAGAAACUGAGUGCACCCUUGAUAACCACGAGGACCGAGUGUGGGCAGUUGCUGUGCACCCAGAGACCAACACCAUUGUCUCUGGCAGCGGCGACUCGACCGUCAGCUUCUGGAAGGACACCACCUCUGAGACUCAAGCUGCAGCAUCACGAGCGGCGCUUGAGAUAAUUGAGCAGGAACAGGAGCUGCAAAAUCACAUCCAUGCUGGAUCAUAUCGCGAGGCCAUCACGCUUGCUCUUCAGCUCAACCACCCCGGGCGUCUCCUGAGUUUGUUCACCACUGUCAUCACCUCAAGCAACCCCGAUGCUGGGAGUCUCUCAGGCCUCAAGGCCGUUGACGAGGUCCUGGGCAAUCUCUCCGAUGAGCAAAUAUUCCUCCUCCUCCUGAGGCUGCGAGACUGGAACACAAAUGCCCGCACGGCGCCAGUGGCACAGAGGAUCCUGUGGACCAUUAUCCGAAGCUACCCCGCGUCCAAGUUGUCGAACCUGUCUGUUAAGGGAGCCAAGGGGCAGAAGAGUCUCAAGGAUGUCUUGCACGCCAUCCGGGUCUAUACUGAGAGACACUACAAGCGGACGGAGGACUUGGUUGAUGAGAGCUAUUUGGUGGAAUAUACCCUGCAGGAGAUGGAUAGCAUUGCUCCGGCGCUGGAGGAGGCCAGCGAGGAGGUUGAUGUUGUCAUGGCUGGAUAG